GCAUCCAGGGCUGGCAGAGCCGCUACUGAGGAAAACUCUUCACAGGAAGCUUAUCAUGUCACCAUGUUCAGAGGAAGUAUAGUUUAUGACUGUAAAGUCAACAGAUAUAAUUCAAGGUGAGUUAUUUCUUCUAGUACCACAAGUUGAAAAGGAGAAUAGAAAAUGGCUGGGUGCAACACAGACUGCGUUGAGAAACCGAUAGCUAGAGGAUUUGAAAUACUUGGGCGUUUUGUUGGUAGACACCACUUGUGGUUUUUUAUUCUUCCCAUGUUCAUUUCUGCGGGUCUUGGCGGAGGAUUUUACUUCCUUGCGGACAGAGAAGCUAACGGCAUUGAAGAGAUGUUCACACCUAUGGACGGACCAGCGAAAGACGAACGACAAGAAGUGAAAGAAUACUUUCCACAGAACGAUAGCGACUUCUCACGUUUGCGGCUCUAUACCGAAGGCACCUUUGCAUCUCUCAUAAUUGUUACGCCCGCAGCAAAUAUCCUCACAAAUCCUGCUUUUACAAAAAUUAUUGCUAUGGAUAGGGAAGUGAAAGCCAUUGAUGUAGGAACAUUUAAUUUCUCAAACCUUUGUGUUAAGAAAGGUGAUGUGUGCGUGUCAAAUUCAAUCUUUGAUAUUGUAAAAACUCCCAAUGUUACCACUAUUGAUUACCCAUAUCAUGACAACAUUUUCAUCGCAUCUGAAAUCGGUGGUGUGAAACUGAAAACUGGAUCAACUGAAAUUGAAAGCGCAAAGGCAAUUCGACUUUUUUACUUCUUAAAAGAAGACAACCAGACUGUAAAUACGAUGUGGCUGCAGAAGUUCAUAGAGACGGCGUCGACGAUGCAAAAAGAAGAAGGCAUGACCAUAUCGUAUUUUACAUCAAUAUCAAGGGAUGAAGAGUUUGAGAAGAGCUCUGACUCAAUCAUUCCCCUCUUCUCAUUGACCUAUGCCCUGGCCAUCACCUUUUCAAUCGUAUCUUGUAUAAGGUUGGACUGUGUUAGGAACAAGGUGUGGGUGGCGACCUUUGGUGUCCUCUCAGCUGGUAUGGCGGUGUUGUCCAGUUUUGGGUUGUUGCUGUACUGUGGGAUGCCCUUCGCUAUGACUGUGGCAACAGCUCCAUUCCUGAUUCUGGGAAUUGGUGUUGACGACAUGUUCAUCAUGAUUUCUUGUUGGCAGCAGACUCAAGUUCAUGACAACGUAGAGGACCGUAUGGCAGCUACAUACAAAGAGGCAGCUGUUUCUAUCACCAUCACAACACUAACUGAUGCCCUGGCUUUCUUUAUUGGUCUGUUAACUCCCUUUGGUUCUGUACAGUCCUUUUGUAUGUAUACUGGCACAGCUGUGCUGUUCUGCUACUUGUACAACAUCACCUUCUUUGGUGCAUUUCUGGCACUGAAUGGAAGACGUGAAAAGAGCAACAGACAUUGGCUGACCUGCAUGAAGGUUUCAGAACCAGAGGAGAAUUCUGAAAAGUACAACAUCUGCUCUGUAGGGGGAGCUUAUGAUCAUGAAACAGGAAAAGAGGAACCAAUGCCAAUUAACAACUUCUUUAAGACGUACUAUGGUCCAUUUCUAACAAAUAAUUGGACCAAGGGGUUUGUGAUCCUGCUCUAUGCUGUAUAUUUGGGCUCAAGCAUCUAUGGUUGCUUACAAAUCCAAGAGGGCAUAGACCUUAAAAAUCUAGCAGCUGAUAGCUCCUAUGUGGGUAGCUAUUAUGAUAAUGAGGACGAAUUCUUUUCAGAGUAUGGCCCAAAUGUUAUGGUUGUUGUGACAGACAGUGCGUUUAAAUAUUGGGACGAAAGUGCUCGGAAUAUUCUUGACUCCUGCCUUCAAAACUUUGAAGGUCUACCAAUGGUUUCUCAAAACAGGACCAUAUCUUGGCUCAAUGAAUAUCUUACAUUUGGAAAGAUGACCCAUUUGAAUCUAAGUGAGGAAAACACAUUCAAAAGGAAUUUGUCUGCAUUUCUCGAGAGGUCUGAUUUCAUACAAGAUGUGAAUUUUACAGACAACACAAUAUAUGCUUCACGUGUGUUCAUUCAGACAGUCAAUGUCAGUACAGCUGUUGAUGAAAAGAACAUGUUGAACGAGCUUCGGGAGACCGCUAGUGAUUGUUCAGUAAAGUUGGUUGUUUACCACCCAGCUUUCAUAUACUUUGACCAGUACGCAGUCAUUGUUAGUAACACCAUCCAAAACAUUGUAGUUGCCACUCUUGCCAUGCUGGUGAUCUCCCUCCUGUUGAUUCCCAACCCAAUAUGUUCUCUUUGGGUGACCUUUGCCAUUGCCUCUGUCAUAGUGGGCGUUGCUGGUUUCAUGGCGUUUUGGGACGUCAAUCUCGACUCUGUAUCCAUGAUCAAUCUUGUCAUCUGCAUCGGUUUCUCAGUGGACUUUUCCGCUCACAUUUCCUAUGCCUUCGUCUCUAGCGAUAAGAGAACUGCUAACGAGAAGGCUAUAGAUGCGGUCUAUCACUUGGGCUAUCCUAUCAUACAGGGAGCUGUGUCUACUAUCUUAGGAGUGGUGGCUCUGUCUGCUGCUGAGAGCUACAUCUUCAGAACCUUCUUUAAGAUCAUGUUCUUGGUCAUUUUGUUUGGGGCCGUCCAUGGUAUAGUGUUUAUCCCUGUGUUUUUGUCUUUCUUUGGAAUCUGCGGCGCUAAAGUUGGCAAUGAAGAAGAUGCAGGUGAUAACCCUCGAGAUAAUACCUAUCAAUUGAAAAAGAAAAUGAACGAUAAUAUCGUUUGUGAAAACAAUUUCUGACUGUCCUUAAAACUGCUGGGCCGGGUGGUCAUUAAUUCUUGAAGCAGCUAAGCACUAUCCCCGCAGCUGAAGGAUUUGCACCUGUUUCUACUGAUAACUAUCAGACAUAGAAACUGCUAGAAAAAAAACAUAAAAUAAAGUUAAUGAUAAAAGUGUAUUGUGUAUGGACGCUUAGUAAAUCUGACUUGCAUUUAACACAUGUAAUUAUGUUUGAGUCAUAGUUGUAAUAUGUAGGAAUCUAUAGAAUAAGAAUGUCUAAGUCAUUCUGAAAAACACAUAAACACAGUAGGUUAUAUGUUAUAGAUUACAGGUUACAGGUUAUAGGUAACACAUUCUUUGUUGUUGGUACUGAGUUUGUGUCAUGCAUUGCAAAGGUAAAAAAAAAAUAUAUAUAUAUAUAUGUGUGUGUGAGAUUUCAUAUUUAAUUUCUAUUUAGUCAUAUUGAGUUUCAGUCUAUCAAACUGUGCGAUAUAGUUUUUUCUGUAGUGUCUAUUUUUUUAACAAUGUUUAUUCAUUUGGUUUGUGUUUUUCCACAAGGCAUUUGAAGUGUCCUGUUUAUUAUUUUACUACAUCUGUUAAUUACACGCAAGUAGACUAUGUUGAUGAUAUUAAUGGUAGAUUAAUCCGUAUCGCGGAUGUUCAACGUUACAGUGUGAGUGCAAUUUAACACCAGAAAAGUCAUUUUGACUUCAAACAUUCUAACAGUCUAAUAAAUAUAUUUCAUAAAUGCAAUUGGGAAAAAAAAAGAAUAAUGUGGCUAUGUUUAUGAAGGUCAUCAGAGUAAUCUUGAAAAAGAUUUCAAGAAACACAAUAGCUUUCUCAUUAGUUUAUGUUACUAUAGGCUACCUGUUGCAGCAUGCUCAAAUGCAGAGUUUGAUUUUAGCUUUGAUUUAGUUAUUUGGCAUAUUUAUAGUAGUUAUAAUAUAUAUUAUUAUUAUUAUUAUUAUUAUUAUUAUAACUAUUAUAAUAGUUAUUUGGGAAUGGUAAGGGAAACCUCUGAAUAUCUUUCUGAUACUAUGUGGAAAUCAAACACGUUCUACCUGCAUCUGUUGAAGGAUUUGAAAAAUGUAACUUUUUGGCCUCUCACGGAGGAGGAGAAAAUAAAUUACAUGUCCUCUUUAAAACUGCUUUUAUAAGACAAAUGAUGUUUGUGACAUUGAAAUUCUUACAGCAUACACGUGUUUAAAUAGACUUAUUUAGAAAAGGAAAAGGCUUGACUUUGAAAAUGCUAGAGAUAUUUGAAUUUUUAAAUUCGUAUGGAGUCAAAAUGACUUACUCGGCUCUUCUAAUACUGAAGGUGUACUUCCUGUUAGCGGAGGGUAAAUUCAGGGUAAAUGCGGCAUAUGUCGACUCAAUCGGUUUACAUUUCUAAUGUUUCAGCGAUACAGACUGAAUGGAGCCCUUAGUAAAAAAAUCAUGAAUAAACUGUUGAUUGUCACCAACUUCCAUAUUUGGCCUAUACAAUUUUUUAUAUUUUAUGUGCAAAUUCAGAGUCAUUUCGUUACUAUGCUAUUAUAUUCGCUAUGAUAUUCUUAUAUGUUAUGUGGAGUACUAAUGACUUAUCAUGUAAUCUUCCAAGGCAUUGACUCAGCUUUAACUAAACGAGUACCUUCGUGACUUUCUGGUGCAUUCUGGCAG